AGACAGUCCUCUUUACAGAGCGGAGGGUAUUAAAGACAAAACACCUGUUAGAAUUAUUUUUAAAGGCGAACAACCCAGCAGCACUUUAAUAUGUAUUCAAACAAAAACGAAGGACCACGUAGAGGAAGAUCUUUUGACUCCAUAAACAUCGGCUUUGAAGAAAAACUGCUCAACAAUGAGAUAAACAAAUCAACAUUUACAAAAAUUGAAGAAAACUCAGAAAAGAAGAAUUCAUCAGAGAAAGAGAGAGCCACAAUCAUCUUUUCCCUCAAGAAUGAAGUGGGAGGACUAGUGAAGGCGCUUAAACUCUUUCAAGAAAACCACGUCAACCUUGUUCAUAUAGAGUCCAGAAAAUCCAAGAGACGCAACUCUGAGUUUGAAAUAUAUGUGGACUGUGACAGCAACCAUGAACAACUCAAUGAAAUCAUUCAGCUGCUUCGGAAGCAUGUGAACAUAGUUGAUAUGGAGUUGCCAGAUAACUCGUGUCUACAAGAAGAAGAUAUGUGUAACGUUCCCUGGUUCCCAAAGAAGAUUUCAGACUUGGACAAGUGUGCAAACCGUGUCCUCAUGUACGGCUCUGAGUUGGAUGCAGAUCACCCGGGUUUCAAAGACAAUGUUUACCGCAAGAGGCGAAAGUACUUUGCUGACAUUGCCAUGUCAUAUAAACACGGGGAUCCCAUUCCUCAAAUUCAGUUCACAGAGGAGGAAGUGAAGACUUGGGGCGUUGUGUACAGGGAGCUCAACAAGCUGUACCCCACCCACGCCUGCCGGGAGUACUUGAAGAACCUGCCACUGCUGUCCAAAUACUGUGAUUUCAGGGAGGACAACAUCCCUCAGCUGGAAGACGUCUCACGCUUCCUCAGAGAACGCACUGGAUUUACCAUCAGGCCUGUGGCUGGUUAUCUUUCCCCCCGUGACUUCCUUGCUGGUUUGGCCUAUCGUGUUUUCCACUGUACUCAGUAUGUGCGGCACAGCUCCGACCCCUUAUACACCCCAGAGCCGGACACAUGCCAUGAGCUGCUGGGUCACGUCCCACUGCUGGCAGAGCCCAGCUUCGCCCAGUUCUCUCAGGAGAUCGGACUCGCUUCACUUGGGGCCUCAGAUGACUCAGUACAGAAGCUUGCCACAUGUUACUUCUUUACGGUGGAGUUUGGCCUAUGCAAACAAGAAGGGCAGCUGCGAGCAUAUGGAGCAGGACUGCUGUCAUCCAUCAGUGAGCUGAAGCAUGCACUUUCUGGCAAUGCAAGAAUAAUGCCUUUUGACCCCAAAGUGACAUCCAAACAAGAAUGCAUCAUCACAACUUUCCAGGAGGUCUACUUUGUGUCAGACAGCUUUGAGGAAGCCAAAGUCAAGAUGAGGGAGUUUGCCAAGACCAUCAAACGUCCCUUCACAGUCCGAUACAACCCGUACACUCAGAGUGUGGAUGUGCUAAAAGACACUCCCAGUAUCAAAAGCGUGGUGGAGGAGCUGCGACAUGAGCUGGACAUCGUCGGUGACGCCCUCAUCCGGCUGAACAAACAGCAGGGUGUCUGACUUCCCACAUUUCAGUGAAAGUUCUCUACCUACAAUCCGUCAGCGCUCAUUUUUCACCCUGAAGCACUGUAGAGAUACUGCCCGUGUAUGGCCCUUCGUCAGUACAAUGAAUGUGCACCUCUUUUAGUAAAAUGCUCUGUUGUUUCCACUGCAUGGUAUAUGUCUUAUAAAUGUGUAAAAAAAGGCACAUUAGGUAUGUUAGACACUGAAAUCAGUAAAUUGCACAAACCCAAAGAGCUGCUUCACCUGACUCAUUUUUUAGCUACAGUUGUACUCAGCAUAAAUGGUUUCUGUAUUUCAAACAGUCAAGGCAUCCACUUUAAUACGCUUUCAAAUCAUCCCCAGCUGUAACACACACAGAUGUGGUUUCAUCAUUGUAUGGUUAAUUCUGCUGUUGUAUAUUACCAUGUGUUUUUUGUAUUUCUUUCAUUAUUCUCCUUUACAUUUAAUCUUCCUUAUUACAGUGAUAUGUAUAAAAUGUAUCUUGUUUGUAUUCUUUUGGAGUAUGUAUCAUGUUCUUUUUUGUGUGUGCUGUUGAGGGAAAUCAUGAGAGUGAAAAAGGGUGUUAGAAGAAUGUUUCGUUGGCGACUAUGACAGAUUUGGCCCAUUAUCCUGGACUAUUUUAUCUUAAAGUAAUGAUUUGAUUACCUACAUAUAAUUGUAGCACUCCUAAAAUCAAAACAUUAUUUUUCUACUGUAAAGAAAUUUAGAUAUCAUGUGUAGGCAUUGUAUCAAACUAUU